AUGUCUCAUCAUCAUCAUCAUCAUCAUCAUCAUCUAAAAAGAUUACAACAUGAUGUGAAUCCUGAUUUACAUUCAUCUUCAUAUAAUCAGCAUGCUCCACAUUCAACUAAGCAACAUAAAGAUUCACUUGAUCAUCGUUCACGAAUCCCAAAUGAGGAAAUUAUUCGUGAAUCAAUUCAAAAUUUCACGCUUUCUGCUAAUAACAAAACGAAACUCUCUCGACCAUUUAAUCCAGGUCCACAACGAGCACGUCGUGGUGGUAGCAGGCAUAAUGGCCAUCAUUGGCAUUCAUCAUCGCUAUCAUUACCCAAACGAACGAUCAAUUAUGAUCUAGCUGAAAGUUUUAUGGAUCAUUCAACAAAUGGCUUAUCAUCUGAUUUAUAUAAAAUAAAAUUCAAACAUUCAACAAAAAUAUGGCCAAAUGGUCGCUUCAUGAAUUAUAAAGAAAAACUUGAUAAAUCAGAUGGAAAUAUGAUUGAUAUAAUAUGCACACGUACUUUUCCGGUGGUAGCUAAAAGAAAAAAGAUACAAGAAGUAAAUCAGAAUGAACGAAACAAUCAACAAAAUAUUUCAAUGGUAAUAGCAACAGCACAAUUAUUAAACUCAUUGGAUCCAGUUAUUCAAGAAGAAAAGAGAAAACAAGUUAAUCAACAAUCAAAUUUUUAUGCUAAUUUAUUUGGUGGUCGAAAAAUUCCUCGAUUACCAACAACUGCUCAAAUUAAAAAAAUGGAUCCACCUACUACAUCAACACCAUUAGUUUCAACGUCAUUAUUAACCGAUAACUAUGAACACCAUCCAUCUUAA